AUGGGCCCAAUGGGUUCAGGCUUUCUCGAGGCCAUGCCAGGACCGCAACAGGUCCUCCAGAUUUUGACGAGCUCUCUGAGCCUUUCAUCUCUGUCGAACCCAGAAACCACUUCUUCAGAAAGCUCAUUUCAACAAUGUGGCGAACUUGAGCUGAGCUGUCAGACUAGCUAUCAUGGCCAAGAUACGUGCUGUUUCAACUAUCCCGGUGGACAGAUGCUGCAAACCCAGUUCUGGGACUCUGAUCCGGCAAUCGGUCCUGAGGAUUCGUGGACCAUUCACGGGCUUUGGCCCGAUCAUUGUAACGGAGGCUUCGACCAGUUCUGUGACUCACAUAGAAGGUAUAGCAAUAUAUCCUUAAUUCUUGUUGACGCAGGUCGAAGAGACUUGUUGGACGAAAUGAGUACCUAUUGGAAAGACUAUAAAGGCGACGAUCCGAAUCUUUGGGAGCAUGAAUGGAACAAGCACGGCACUUGUGUCAGCACGCUAGAGACACAUUGUUACUCUGACUACUACCCACAACAAGAGGUCGUCGACUACUUUGACAGAACCGUAGAGUUGUUCCACGAUCUACCUACCCACCAGACACUUGCCGAUGCGAACAUUGUCCCCUCAUACACUCAAACGUACACUCGUCAUGAAAUUGAGGAUACACUAUCCAAGGCCCACGGUGCAACAGUCACAAUCCGCUGCCGGUCCCACAGUCUCCAAGAAGUCUGGUACUUUUUCAACGUCAAGGGCCCUUUACAAACAGGGAAUUUCGUCCCAUCAGACCCAGACGGCCAAACAUCCAACUGUCCAACUAAUGGUAUAUUUUACCAACCAAAGACCCCGAACAACAACCCCGGCGAACCCACUACCACUCGACAUCCUCCUAAACCGACAGGCGCUCCGUUCGUCGGAAGAGGGAGCUUGGUUGUCUCUACAAUGGGCCAGCAGCGAGGUUGCAUAAUCGGUCGCGGAACCUGGUAUUCAUCAGGCACCUGUGCAACAUUCAGAGCGGAGAAAGCCUCUGGUGAUACAUUCACCCUCUCAUCCCGAAAAGGUCUCUGCGCCUUUAAGAACGACAUCUUCACUUGCGAUUCCAAAAUUGCGAACCCUGUGGAGUUCAAUGCCCAAGACGGCAAGCUUUCUUACAACGGGAACACAACUUUCUUCGCGGACAAGGCUCCAAAGGGCAAAGUGCAAAGCGACAUUUUCGUUUCGGAGGGGGAGCAUCCGAUCGAGUUGUCCAUAUCAUGGAGGUGA